AUCCCAAAAACCCUGCACCCUUUAUCACCCUUACUCUCUCUCUCUCUCUCUCUCUGCAACAGCAAAUACUGUUUUCUUUUCCAUGAAUUCGCUUUCGUUCCAACCUAAAGUCUCUCUGCAUCCAAAUAACUCUUUUUUCCUCUUCCAACCCCGAAAUAUACCUCGGAGAAUAACUUUUCCUAGGAAAAUCAAGGUGGUUUGCUCAGCCACAGAGCGACCAAAGCAACAAAAACAACAACAACAAUCAAAGAGGAAGAAAAAUGUUAAGGACGGCGAGAAAGGGAUUGACCCAGUUGGUUUCCUCACCAAAAAUGGCAUUUCCCACAAACAGUUCGCUCAGUUCCUCCGUGAAAGACAUAAAUCGCUGAAGGAUCUCAUAGAUGAAAUUUUCAAUCGCCAUAUUAAUCUUCAGGAGAUGUCUUCUGGAUUUGAGAUAUUGGGUAUGCAUCGCCACCCAGAGCAUCGAGUGGAUUAUAUGGAAUGGGCUCCAGGGGCUCGCUAUUGUGCACUGGUUGGUGACUUUAAUGGGUGGUUGCCGACAGAAAAUUGUGCUAGAGAGGGUCAUCUCGGUCAUGAUGAUUAUGGUUAUUGGUUUAUCAUACUUGAAGAUAAAUUGAGGGAGGGUGAGAAACCAGAUGAACUCUAUUUUCAGCAGUAUAACUAUGUGGAUGACUAUGAUAAAGGAGACAGCGGUGUUAGCAUUGAUGAGAUCUUCAAGAAAGCAAAUGAUGAGUAUUGGGAACCUGGCGAGGACCGUUUUGUUAAAAAUCGUUUCGAAGUGCCAGCAAAGUUAUAUGAGCAAAUAUUUGGCCCUAAUGGACCUCAAACAUUGGAAGAGUUGGAAGACAUACCAGAUGCAGAAACAAGAUACAAAGCAUGGAAAGAACAGCAUAAGGAUGAUCCACCUAGUAACUUACCUUCUUAUGAUGUAAUUGACAAUGGGAAGGAGUAUGACAUUUAUAAUGUUGUGAUUGAUCCUGUAUCGCAAGAGAAGUUUCGAGCAAAGAAGCCUCCAUUGGCAUACUGGUUUGAGACACGUAAAGGAAGGAAGGCAUGGCUGAAAAAGUAUGCUCCUGCUAUUCCUCAUGGAAGCAAAUACAGGGUUUAUUUCAACACUCCUAGUGGGCCACUGGAACGUCUUCCUGCUUGGGCUACUUAUGUUCAGCCUGAUGCAGAUGGAAAUCAGGCUUUUGCAAUCCACUGGGAACCACCCCCAGAAGAAGCAUACAAAUGGAAAAACUCACGACCAAGUGUGCCACAGUCACUGCGUAUAUAUGAAUGCCAUGUUGGAAUAAGUGGAUCAGAACCAAAAAUAUCUUCUUUCAAUGAUUUUAUAGAGAAGGUCCUUCCUCAUGUAAAGGAAUCUGGAUACAAUGCAAUCCAGUUGAUUGGAGCUGUUGAGCACAAAGAUUAUUUCACUGUUGGUUAUAGAGUUACCAAUCUGUUUGCUGUUAGCAGCCGAUAUGGCACUCCUGAGGAUUUCAAGCGGUUGGUUGAUGAAGCUCAUGGACUUGGACUUCUUGUCUUCUUAGACAUUGUUCAUUCCUAUUCAGCUGCUGAUGAGAUGGUUGGACUGUCAAUGUUUGAUGGAUCAAAUGAUUGCUACUUUCACACUGGUAAGCGAGGACACCAUAAAGACUGGGGUACCAGAAUGUUCAAAUAUGGUGAUCAUGAUGUCUUGCACUUCCUUCUAUCAAAUCUGAACUGGUGGGUUGUGGAGUAUCAAAUUGAUGGUUUCCAGUUCCAUUCACUCUCAUCGAUGAUAUAUACUCACAAUGGUUUUGCUUCCUUCACUGGUGACUUGGACGAGUACUGCAAUCAAUAUGUUGACAAGGAUGCACUAUUAUAUCUCAUUUUAGCAAAUGAGAUACUGCAUACUCUCCAUCCAAAUAUAAUAACAAUUGCUGAAGAUGCAACAUUUUAUCCUGGUCUAUGUGAAUCUACUUCUCAAGGUGGAUUGGGAUUUGAUUAUUACGUCAAUCUUUCAGUGUCAGAGAUGUGGUUAUCUUUUCUUGAGAAUGUUCCUGACCACGAAUGGAGCAUGAAUAAGAUUGUAAGCACCUUAAUGGGCAACAAACAAAAUGCCAACAAGAUGCUUGCGUAUGCCGAAAAUCAUAACCAGUCAAUAUCUGGAGGGCGCUCAUUUGCAGAAAUAUUGUUUGGCAAAGUCUUGGAGGAUUCUGGUGGUUCAAAUGAAUUAUUGCUUCGAGGGUGUUCCUUACACAAAAUGAUCAGAUUAAUUACAUUUACAAUUUGCGGUGGUGCUUACCUUAAUUUCAUGGGCAACGAAUUUGGCCAUCCAAAGAGGGUUGAAUUCCCAAUGUCAAGCAACAAUUUCUCAUUCUCGCUAGCUAAUCGUCGGUGGGAUCUUAUAGCAAAUGAAGGAGUGCAUUGUGAUUUAUUUUUCUUUGAUAAGGACUUAAUGAAGUUGGAUGAAAAAGAAAGAGUACUAUCUAGAGUGUUACCCAGCAUUCACCAUGUGAAUGACACUACCAUGGUAAUAGCUUACAUGAGAGGUCCACUUCUCUUUGUAUUUAACUUUCAUCCAACAGAUUCUUAUGAAGGAUAUAGAGUAGGCGUAGAUGAAGCUGGAGAAUAUCAACUUAUACUCAACUCUGAUGAAAUAAAGUAUGGAGGGCAAGGGCUGAUAGAGGAUAACCAAUAUCUCCGGAGAACUAUUAGCAGAAGGGUUGAUGGUCUUCGAAACUGCUUAGAAGUGCCUCUGCCUAGUAGGACUGCCCAGGUUUAUAAAUUAACUCGUAUUUUAAGAAUAUGAGCAACGUUAAGGUCUUGAAAGUAAAAUGCAGAGCAGUGUUCCAAGAUUGAAAGAUUAAACCAUCUAUGCAUUUCAACUUCCUAGCAUGACAUUAAUGGAUUAGGAAUGUGAAUAAACCUACAACAGGACAAACUCUAUGCAGAAGAGUUCAUUUAGAACAUUCUGACCGGAGGUUUAUGACUAAUGGCAUGCCUUAUCCCAGUGGUUUUCGGCUUCUUGGGAAAUUUCUCUCUGUUUUGCUCAUUUAUAGGAAUGCUUUUUUUUCUAUGUAGAAGGAGAUAACUUGUAAUGAGAAAGAGCAUUGAAGGAGAUGUAAGAAUACAAAGACUGUCUUUCCUUUAGAUAUUUGUUCUUCUUUUAUUUCUUUUUCUUUGGGAAAAGAAGAGGCAAAAUUUUGGUUGGUUGAGUUGGGUUGGGAGGAGUGGCUCAACAGCUCAACCCCUGAAUUUGAAGGUUGCCUGUAAGUAUACAAUACUUCCAUUAUUAAAAUUGGAAUAGGAACAAAAAAAAAAAAAAAA